ACUGUUUCAAUCUUAGUCAACCCGCGGCAAAAACCCUAGGAGAGGCAGGGAGGCGCCACGGUCAGAUUCAUCGAAUCCGGGCCCUAGGGGUCUCACUUCAACUUUCAAGAUGACUUUCAAGCGAAGGAAUGGCGGGAGAAACAAGCACGGCCGUGGCCAUGUCAAGUUCAUUCGCUGCUCCAACUGCGGCAAAUGCUGCCCCAAGGACAAGGCUAUCAAGAGGUUUUUGGUGAGGAACAUUGUUGAGCAAGCUGCAGUUAGAGAUGUUCAGGAAGCUUGUGUCUAUGAAACUUACACUCUUCCCAAGCUUUAUGCAAAGAUGCAGUACUGUGUCUCAUGUGCAAUCCACUCUCACGUUGUGAGGGUCAGAUCUCGCACUAAUAGGAGAAUUCGUGAUCCACCACAGCGCUUUAGACGUCGGGAGGAUCUGCCAAAAGCCGGUGCUCCUGGUCAGGCUGCACGAACUGCUGGAGCACCUGCUGCUGCUCGUACUUGAAGACCCGCCAUAUCCUGGCAUGAGUGUAGAGGCAUCAAUCUGGGGGCGAUUGCUGUUCACAUCCCCCAUUUUGCAGUUUAUCAAAUAUUCUCUGAACUCUAUAUGACCUUUUAACUUUAGAAUUAUGUGGAUUAGUGCUGUCAUAUGCAUCAACAAACUGGAAACGUUGAUAGCAUAGUCUGAAAACCUGAUGAACCUCAUUGAGUUUAUGCAGUAAAUCUGUUAUUUUCUAGUAUGCA